AUGCUCUGGAAACUAGCGAUUUUCGCUUCUCUCGUGACCCUUGGCGUCGCGUUUUUUCAAAAAAAGGAAUUCAAGCCAGAGAAGACGUUCAACUUGAAAGUGAACGCGUCGCGCGUUGUGGUCGCCGAACUGAACACUAACGAUCUCUACGGCGCAAGUGAGUUACUUUCCACCCCACCAUAUUCUCAAAAAAGCAUUUAUUUUCAGUCGACAUCUACAGAGGCGAUCUCGCCAUCCUCAUCGAGUUCAACGCUACCGCGCCGGUGCAUGUGCAACUGUUCCAGGCUGGAAAUGUCGCCAACUUCAAGCUGAACACUCCUCUUCUCUACAAGCAGCUUCUCUGGAACGCUGACUACUGCAUCUUCUGCCUCUCUAGCCGGUAAGUGAAGCUAAUAGCACAUAGGAUCACCCUAAAGUGUGUGUGUAUGUACAAAUGGCGACAGAAUUGUAGUAGGCGUAGUGAUCAGUGCCACGAACAAACCGAUUAGAAAAGAAUUAGCCAAGCAAGUGAAUUAAGGAAGUUACCCCUAACAACUCGUUUUCGGGUCGCCGAGUGGUCCACAGUUUUGUAAACAAAACCUUAUUUCCAGGUACUUUGUCAAACUCAUCUCGGACUACUACACUGAGAUCAACAUCACCCUCACCAGAACUCACGACUUCUUCGCCCUGAACAUGUACAAAGAUGUCGAGCGAUUCCUGUGGCCGAGACCGUUUUUUCAUUAG